UUACUAUUCUGUUGGCCUUCGCUGUAAAACGAAAGGAUUUGAAUGCUGUCGUUUACUGCGUAUAAUCUCCCGGAACGACAAAACAAAAACACGUUGCUCUCACCGAAUAACCCGAUCGCCCUCAAGCAACCAUGGAACACGGCGCUGCAACGGCGCCACUACCAGACGCUUUUCUCCACUUCUUAGAAUCCAAUGGAAUCGACCCAUCCAUUUACACGUCAAUUGAUUCCACUCCACGAUACAUUCGGUUGAAACCCGGUUUUGAAGAUUGUAUUGAAGACGUUGAAUCAGAAAUUAAAUGUAAACCCAAAAAAUUGGAAUGGUUGCUAGGGUUUUACACUCUUCCACCUCAUAUUCAAAUUGCUAGUACUAAUGCAUACCGAGAAGGAAAGAUAUAUGGUAUUGAUGCAUCUUCUGGAGCUGCUGUUAUGGCUUUAGGCAUAUCACCGGGGGAUCAUGUGUUGGACCUAUGUGCCGCACCUGGUGCUAAACUUUGUAUGAUAUUAGACCUUCUUGGUGAUUCGGGCUCUGUAACUGGAGUUGAUGCUGCAAGGCAUCGGUUGGCAGCGUGUAGAACAAUGCUGCAGAAGUAUAAACUGGGUGAUAGAUGCCGGCUUUUUGUUGCUGAUGGAACAACAUUUUCAGUUAUUCCUGAGGGGUUUCGUUCUGAUUCUGAAUCAUAUGAGUCUAGAUCGGAAGAAAGAAUGGACGUGUUCAAGGAGUGGACAUCUAGAAGACCAUGGAAAGAAAGGAAAAAAGCAAAGAAGUGUCCCACUCCACAAGUGGUGUCUAAGUCUCACCCUCCUGAACUCAUAUAUUAUGGACAGCAUUCUGGAGUUAUUGGUCUUACUAAAGGAGAAUUAUAUAAGACUGUAGCUGAAAAUGAGAUUGCAGGCUAUGGCUAUGACAAAGUCCUUGUGGAUGCAGAAUGUACUCAUGAUGGUUCAGUUAAACAUAUUCAAAAGUUUGAACAUUGGGGCUGGGUAACUCUUCAACGUCGUGUGCUGGAUGCUGAGAGGAUGGAUAAUUUACAUGCUCUUCAGCUGAAUCUUCUCACCAACGGUUUCAGACUACUAAAAGUUGGAGGAUCACUCGUCUAUAGCACUUGCAGUUUGACUGUUGCACAAAAUGAAGAUGUGGUAGAACAGUUCUUGAAGGAAAAUAUAACCGCCGAGUUGACAGAGAUAGAUGCUGCCAGAAAAUGGCCUUGCAAGGGUGGCCGCAUACAAAAAACCUGGCGAUUUGACCCAUUAACAUCACAAACUAGUGGACUCUUUGUAGCAAAGUUUAGAAAAGUAGUCAUUUGAUCUUCUUGGGUGCCUUUAAUAUGGACUUCAAAAGGGUCCCAAGCUGAACCAGGCAUUUUUUAGUAAAACAGUGGAUUUUAUAAAUAAUUAGAAGAGGAAGAUAUAUGAUAUUUUACUAAAAAUAGAGAGAGUUCAGUUUUAGACUGCCUUUUAUUAAUCCAUAUUAGAGGCAUCUUUUGUUACAUCCUCGGAGAAUAUAUUUUUUCACAGCCAAAUAGUUUUUAGAUGUACCCAAGUAUAUUAGAAGAUUUCAUACAAUGCAUAUUUUGUUACUACUUUUA